AAUUUGCCGCUUGUUCUCCGUCCCGUCCUCCUCCAGCAGCAGCAGCGACCUCCCCGGAUCCCCCCGCAGAGGACAGCGGUUUGGAGGACACUGGGCCCGCGGAGGGAGGGGUCCUGGCCUGGGCACGGAUCCCGAAGAGGCCCCGGGGCCGCCGCUGGAUGGAGUCGGGCUGCAUGCAGACAGCAAUGGCUAUGGGUCUGACAUCGAAAAAGGCGUCUGCCCGGAGCGUCGGCGUGGAGCGAAAAAACCUCAUCACGGUCUGCAGAUUCUCUGUAAAGACUCUCCUAGAAAAGUACACAGCGGAGCCCAUAGAUGACUCAUCGGAAGAGUUUAUUAACUUUGCCGCCAUUUUAGAGCACAUCCUCAGCCACCGCUUCAAAGGUAACACUGCAGGUUCUGGAAACUGGUUCAGCUCAGAUGGACAACGCAGUUUCUGGGAGUAUCUCCGCAUGGCCUGCAGCAAAGUGCAGAACAACUGCAUUGCCAGCAUCGACAACAUAGAGAACAUCAGCACAUCACGAGCCAAGGGCCGGGCAUGGAUUCGAGUGGCGCUGAUGGAGAAGCGUCUCUCUGAAUAUGUGUCCACCGCUCUGAGAGACACAAGAACCACCAGGAGGUUCUAUGACGAUGGAGCCAUCAUGCUGAGAGAGGAGGCCACAGUUCUGACCGGGAUGCUGAUUGGACUGAGUGCCAUUGACUUCAGUUUUUGCUUGAAGGGUGAGACUCUGGACGGGAAAUCUCCAGCUAUGGUUGACUACACCCCCUACCUGAAGUUCACCCAGAGUUACGACUACCUGAGCGACGAGGACGACCGCCGCAGCGUGGACAGCAGCAACAGCGAGGAGAGCGUCCCGGAGCAUCCCUACAUCCCUCUGGUGACUGACGAGGAGAGCUGGAGCAACAAGUGCCGCAAGAUGGAGCAGAGGUUUAAGAUCGUCUACGCCCAGAAGGGUUACCUGGAGGAGCUGGUGCGUUUGCGGGAGUCCCAGCUGAAGAACGUGGAGACGGAGAACAAGUGUCUGAGAUCCAAGGUGGAGGAGCUGGUGGUCCAGAGCCUACAGGAGAAGAAGGAGCUGGAGGCCAUCGUGCUGGAGCUACAGGCACAACUCUCGUCCCUCAUGCCCUGCGAUUCCUCCCAUCUGGCCAAAAACCUCUCCAUCCCGCUGGUCAACCAGUGGUCCACCAUCCGAAACAACACAGGCAAUGUCAAACUGUUCCGCAGGAGGAGUUUCCACAGUUUGGAGCAACUUUCUGCUGAUGUCAGCCUGAACUCUGACUCCCAGAGGACUGAUGGGAGACAGAACGGAGAUGCUGCCUGGACGUCUGCAGGAAAAGACAACACUCCAUCCAUGCUGGGUCUGUGCGGCUCUCUUGUGUCUUUACCGAGCUCCAAGUCUCUGGCGAGCCUCAAGUCCAGCGAGUGCUUGGUCAACAUCAGCACUGACCCCAGCCCUGCGCUCUCGCCCAGCUAGGAGCUCCAAGCCACCCGCGAGUGAGAGUAACCCCCCCCCAGCCUGUCUGCCUGGUGAUGCUGCGUUGACCAAUACCCUGCUCCCACCGUCCAUCCGGCUCCAUGAGAAUACAACACAAGAAAAGUUGUGGCACCAUCUCUGGAUUUUUGUACAAGUCGUCAUUAAGCAGAAUGGAUCCAUCUUGGUUUUCCCUCAUCCUCUCCCACCACAACUUUGCACUAUCUGUGAAUCUCUGCAUCCAGCAUCAUACCAUCCCUCUGCCAUACCUUUUCCAAAGCUUCAGUUUAUUUCCUAAAGAAGUAUUCCUCCCACGGCAUCAUCUCAGUGUUUGUGCGCCUUUGGCCUGCUGUUUGUGUUUUCCUCUUAUUUUUUCUCGUCAAAAUGUAACCAAAACAGUCCUGGCAGCUCUAUGGAUGCAGCCACAAACAAAUAGAGGUGUGAUUAAGAGAUAAAGAUGAUCAGUAUGAAGUAGAGGGACGAGUUUUUACACAGUCACAUCGCUGUGCAUUUCGUGUGUUUGACUGAGAGUUUUCUGGGGUCUGAUGCCCCUGAAAGUGCAUAUCAUUCCUGCUCGAGUAAUCACACACCACAAACCAUCAUAGUACAUCUAUUUAUUUAUUCUAUCAAAUUGCACUCAUUUGUUUCACUUUAGCCAAAACAGCUGUCUGUUCUUUUUGCAUAUAUUAAGUGUGUUUCCUUAAUUUAUCUGUUUUUUUCUGUUGCAAUAAACUGCCUUUUUCCAUUAA